CGUCAACUUACUCAAAACGGGACAGGUUUCAUGUUUCCCGUAGAAAUCUACUUCCCGAAGUCAUAUCCCAAAAAAGUGGAGAUCAAAAAGCAUGUCGGAUUUCCCAGCACUAGGAGGAUCCCAUCCAACGAGAGAGCUUGGCAGCGUAGGAGCAAACGGGCCGUCACUUCUGUCGUUCUCAAGUAUAGCGGGUGGACGAGUACCCGCCGGGGCAGAAGGAUCACGGAAUGGGAUUCCGAAUUCGUCGUCCGCUGCUGACUUCACCAUCGACGAUUUCCCAGCAUUGACACCUGGCGGCGGAGGCGGGGGCGGACCGCAACAACAGCAGCAGUUACAACAGGCCCAGCAACAACACCAGCAGCAGUCAUCGCAGCAUAUGCUAUCGUCGCAUCCUCCAGACUCGCAAUUCAUAAACCGACCGCCGGGUAAUAUGCCGACGCCACGCGUUGGUGGGGAUGGGGGUGCGAUGGUGAAUGGAUCAUCUGGGCCCUCGUUGAAUGGUAGUGGAGGGCCAAUGUCGCCCAUGGGCACCGGCAUGGCGUUUGGUGGACCGUCGGUCAUAAGCGGGCUACCAGCGGCAGCGAGUUCCGGUGGUGGAAGAGGGCAGAUGGGAGGUCCCGGCGGUGGCACGCCUCAGCAGUCGGGAAGUGGGACGAAUUCGACUACUCCGUCCAAGCGGCCAAUAGGAUCCGGCUCGAGUUUCACGAAGGGUCAAGCGUCAAACUCGGAAACGCAGUCUGCGGGGUCGGUGUCGUCACGAGAUCCCACCCCAACGCCGCCCGGUGGACCAACGCCCAUUCCGCCGGCAGGUACCUCCGACAAGUAUGGAUUGUAUGGACUCCUCGACGUGAUACGGCUGACGGAUCCAGACGCCAACAUGAUCCAUCUCGGAUGUGACCUGACAUCCUUAGGGCUGAACCUUUCCUCCAACGACUCCCUAUAUUCCACCUUCAUGUCCCCAUUCUCCGAACACCCCACCCUCGGAUCCGAACCGCAAUUCAACCUCCCAGGCUGCUACAACCUCCUUCAGUCGCCGCCUCCAUCGAUGACGAAAGUCUCUUCGUUCAGUGACGAGACCCUGUUCUACCUCUUCUACGCACAACCACGCGAGUCCUUACAAGAAGCCGCGGCGCAGGAGCUGUACAACAGAAGCUGGCGGUUCCAUAAAGAGCUGAAGCUGUGGGUGUCGAAAGACCGAUCCCCCGAAUCCCUCGCAGCAGAAGCGGCCAUCGCUACGAAAGGUGUCGGGUUCGAACGCGGGAUCUUUGUCUUCUUCGACCCGGGCGUGUGGGGCCGCGUGAAGAAGGAAUGGGUCGUCUACUACGACCAGCUCGAAGAGCGCGGCGUCCUAACCGGCGGCACAUCCACCUCCAGCGCCAGUCCCGUCAACGGCGCAUCGACAAACAACGGGGAAGCCUUGUCAAAGUCAACGACCGCCGCAACAAGUAGCGUCGCGGCAACCGUGAACGGGGUCUCGCCGAGCAGGACGUCCGGACCGUCGAAUAGUAACUGGCCAGCAGCAUCCUCCACAUCCCAACCGCCAGCUGCUACGGAAACCCCAACGAAAGCGGUCAAAGCUGGAAGAUAAAGGCCCUAAACAGGGCGCACUCAUGCGUUCUUGCGGAUGUACAAACUACUUAAAAUGAGAAUACGAUAUCCCUCCGUUUUUUCUUACUUUUUGCCGGCGUCUUCGGUUCUUUCAUUGUUUAUUUUGUGCUUUGGUUGUUAUGUCAACGCACCGUCUUACACUCCUCACUGGGUUGGGACUGGCGAC